CAGCGGGGUUCAUACACAUGCUGCGGUCUCUCUGUGGAACAAGUACUGGACCUUGACAGAGAGACAAAGGAGGGACAGAGAGAGAGAGAGAGAGAGAGAGAGAGAGAGAGAGAGAGAGAGAGGCCAAAUGAAAGAGUGUUAUCAGCGGCAGAGGGAGAGUGGAGCGCAGACACAGGGGAGGAAUUUUUAAUUUUCCCUUUUUAUGGUUCUUGGAUCAUAAACACUUAAGGAAUUUCUAAACAUGCACCUACUGGGAAUAUCUCUUUUACUCGCAUAUCUUCUCUACACCAACCUCGCCAGCGACCUCAGCCACAAAGACUAUUAUGAUUACUACGAGCAGGAGCAGAUGGACGAGCCGGACUCUCCAAAGCCAGACAUGGAGCAGAAGUUGCGCUCAGCCUCCAGUGUCGAUGAACUGAUGAAUCUCAUCUAUCCUUUAUACUGGGCUACUCUGAAGUGCAGAUCCAAACUUUCUGCUGCCUCCUCAGCCUCCAAGCUCUCUCAGCGGCCACCGCCUCGCCGACUGAGGCCGCUGGCAGAUACAGAAGAGGCAACGUUUGCUGCUGCCUACCUCAACUUGGAUGUCCUGAAGAGUAUAGAGUCGGAGUGGAGGAAGACUCAGUGCAUGCCCAGGGAAGUGUGUGUCGACGUGGGCAGGGAGUUCGGAGCUCCAAACAACAUCUUCUAUAAACCACCCUGUGUGUCCGUCUACAGAUGUGGAGGGUGCUGUCACUCUGAAGACAAACAAUGCAGGAAUAUCUCCACUGGUUAUCUCAGCAAAACUCUGUUUGAGAUCACAGUGCCGAUCACCCAAGGCACCAAGCCGGUGACCAUCAGUGUGGCCAACCACACCCAGUGCAGCUGUCUGUCCAAACUGGACAUCUACAAACAAGUUCACAGCAUAAUUAGGAGAGCCCUGCCUGAGUGUCCAAUAGCCAACAGGACAUGUCCUUCUGGUCAGACUUGGAGCAGCAGUCAGUGUCAGUGUGUCCGCAUGACUGCCAAUGUGAACCACAACCCCCCUCCUCCACCACUGCCCCCUCCAAGGCCCUCCCAACAGCACCUUGACAUAUUUUCAGCAGAUGUGUGUGGCCCAGAUAAGGACCUGGAUGUGGAAAGCUGCCAGUGUGUGUGUCAGCGUGGGGAUCAAACUCAAGACUGUGGCCCUAACAGAUACCUCGACCGCAACACCUGCCAGUGCAUUUGCAACAUCCCACCUCCUCCCUCCUGCCCGCUGAACCACGUCUUCAAUAAGGAGACCUGUCAGUGCAUGUGUAGCAAGACCUGUCCAAGGCACCAGCCCCUCAAUAAAACAAAGUGUUCCUGCGAAUGUAACGAGUCGCCCAAUAAGUGUUUCCUAAAAGGAAGGAGGUUUCACCAAGCCACAUGCAGUUGUCUCAGGCCUCCCUGCGAGGUAAGGAGGCGAAGAUGUGAACCAGGUUUCUCCUUCAGCGAGGAAGUGUGCCGCUGCAUACCAUCCCACUGGAGACGUCUGGACUAACCGCCAGGCUAAUGGCAUGCUAAUGAGAUGCUAAUGAGCAAAUAACAAACUUAACAAGUAGAAUUCAUCACCCAUCCCCUGUAGACCUGCUGGUCAUGAGUAUCCCCCAUCAUCUGUGAUGGCAGCUAAGUGUGCGGACCCUGAUUAUUGUGGGGAAACCUUAGUGACUGGAGUGCAGAUAUGGGAAACUCUGGUGAUUUGAAGGUGGGAAAUGCACUGAUUUGGCUAUGAGAAUGUUUUAAUGGGAGAGAGGCUGAUCGGGGGCCAGAAACAGAAGUAAGGACUGAAAGAGACAGAGAGUCAACACUCAACACUUGUUUUAAAGUAUUGUCUAAUUAAUUUGUUUUAAAAUAUUUUUGGGGUUUUUGUAUUAAUUAUGUCACAGUAUUCUUAUGUCAGAUAUUGAUUAUAUAAUUUAUUAAAUGUUAUUUUUCAACCUCUGUUUAUUGUAAUUUCAAUCUUUUUUCCAUGAAAAUAAACUGUGAUCAAUA